CCCCGAUCAACCUCCUCCAGCAGUUCCACGAUCAGUCCGGUCGGUGAAAGUCUCCGGUUUUUCAGCCGCUCGCUGCCGCUUAAACUCGGUCACACCGCGCAAGGGAGCCGAACCCGAUGGCUUCGACGACCUCUGACGGCCCCAAACGAGAGUCGCCGAACACGAGCGAACAAAACGGCGACAUGAGCGAAACGGGCCUGCGCGCCGCCGACGACCAGGAACCGGCCGUUAAGAUGGACGCGGACGGAGCGGAGACGAACGAGAAGUCAAACGGAGAACAAAGGCCGGAUGGAGCCACGAGGGGAGACGACGGUGGCGACGAGGUCGAAACCGAACCUCAAGCGGAGAAAGAGCAGCAGAUAACCCCCGGUAGUGCGGACGAGACGGGGGAGCCGAUGAAGACAGAACAAAGGGAGGAGGAGAACGCGUCCUCGCCUGCGGAGAAAAGCGCUAACGGCGUCGGCAGCGGCGCGAUGAAGAGACGCGCGAGUCUGGAGUUGAGCUCGUCGUCGUCGGAUGGAGAGCCGCUCAGCCGCAUGGACUCUGAGGACAGUAUUAGCAGUACUUUGAUGGACUUGGAGAGCAUCGCGUCCAGCGGACGAUCAACUCCAGCUAUGAUGAAUGGUCACGGCGGGGUCUCUUCAUCCUCUGUUAAAGGCUCAUCUUACCCCUGCUGCUGGGACCAGUGUCAAAUGGUGUUCAACACCAGUCCAGACCUGGCAGAACACAUCCGCGGGGUCCACGUAGAUGGCCAGCGUGGAGGGGUGUUUGUGUGCCUUUGGAAAGGUUGUAAGGUGUAUAACACACCAUCCACCAGUCAUAGCUGGCUUCAGAGACACAUGCUGUCCCACAGUGGAGACAAGCCGUUCAAGUGUGUUGUGGGCGGCUGCAAUGCCACAUUCGCCUCACAGGGGGGACUGGCGCGCCACGUCCCGACCCACUUCAGCUCCCAGAACUCCUCCAAACUCUCCAGUCAAUCCAAAGUGAAGGAAGAGUCGCCUUCCAAAGCGAGCAUAAACAAACGGAGGAAACUCAAGUUCAAGCGCAGACGCUCCUUACCAGUCUGUGUCUUUCCUCCAGCCCGGCCUCACGACUUCUUUGAUGCACAGACCAUGGAUGCCAUCCGUCAUCGAGCCAUCUGCCUUAAUCUAGCGACUCACAUUGAGAGUCAGGGCAAGGGCCACAGCGUUGUGUUUCACAGCACGGUGAUCGCAAGGCGAAAGGAGGAUUCUGGGAAGGUGAAAGUGCUGCUUCAUUGGACGCCGGAGGACAUACUUCAAGACGCUUGGGUUAACGAAAGCGACCGUGCACAGCUGAAGACCAAAGUGGUCCAUCUUUCUCAGCUUCCUCAGGACACAGCCGAACUGCUGGACCCCAACAUCUACAGCAGAUGGAGCCAGUGUCGCUGCGGCUAACGUCAGUGUUUUCUGAUCUACUGUGAUGUGCUGUGGAGACCUCAGGGGGAUGUGGGUGGGAGAUCAAAAGCCUUCCAUAAGACAAUGUUAAUUUAUCAAAGCCGAGCGUUCGCCUGUCACCAGUGAAUCACCUUUGACCUUCUCCUACAGACCACUCCUCCGGGACAUUAUUAAAUAAUUCAUCAUUUUCUGUUUAUUAGAAUUCAUAAGGGAUUUGUUUUAUUUUUUCAUUGGAGUGGAAUUCAUUUUAGGCAAAAUGAACAUUGUUUAGGGUGGAAACGUGUUUGUAUUCACGCACAUGUAUAAAUGCACAAAGCGAGACUUUAAAAGGCGUGCGGACAGAUGCCCUGGUUCUCCAGGGUCUGAAGCAUGUGUGCUCCGUGUUUAUGCAUCAGUGUGUUUGUGCUACAAAUAUUCAAUUGGAAAUGGCAGUCGUUCCCUUUGUGUGUGUGUGUUCCGUACUAAAGCAGGCUCUGCUUGUUUUCAGGAUGUAUUUCUAGAAGACGGGUGGGAGGGGCCACAUCUGUCAGUGGCAGUGCCCACUGACAUACCCAAACCGAUCUGGACGUACCGAUCUUUUGAGACUGAAGAUUUUUUUCCCUUUUGCUCUUCCCCCCUCUUUUUAAUGCUCAAAGUCUGCCAAAGCAUGCAGUGAAAGUUUAAUGUGUUUUCAUCGCUUGAAGAGGAAAAAGAAAAAUUGUGAAUCCUUUCGGUCAUGGACUUUAAACUGUCUAGGAAGAUUGUUUUUUCAAAUGUGUUGUGUAUCAUCAGUUGAAUUUCAUUCCUUGCUUCCUAAACUCUUCUGACAAGCUCUUAAAAAUCCUGUUUUUUUCCAUUUUGGUCAGAAAGUGCCCAUGUAAAUAUUCCAGGAGAUUUGUAAUAUAUUUUUGUACUGCAAAAUUUGACUGUACUGUAGAUAGAUGUAAUAUGCCAAGUUGACAGAUGAUGUAAUUGUACAGAAUGUGAUAGCUGAAUAGUUUGGAUGAUGUAAAUGCUUCCAUACACAUUUGUUUUAUUUUAGGUUUUGCGUGUUUUUAUUUAGUUUGAAGGUUAAUAAGAGUGAUAUGCACACGUUGCUGCUCCACUCACUGAUGGCGAUGGUGGAAGCUGUUGUUUACAGUGUGCACUGUUUGUGUGUUAUCUUUGUUAAAGCUAUACACAAGCCAAGGAGUGUAUAGACAUCUCGAUGUAAUGGUGCUAACACUAGCGUUUAGGCUAAUGCACAUAGGACAAUUCUUAGACCAACAAUGAUGGUGCUGUUUAGAUCAUAUAACAAGACCCUGUUCCACAUAGAUUAUACUUCUGUCUUUAUAGUAAAGAGGACGAUUCUGAAAAACGUGUGUUUGUUUGAUUCAGUGUAUGAACACCACUGGAAUUGUUUAGCCGGUUGCUAACGGAUUUGUAGUAAAUACUUGUUCCAGCCCAUAUAAACCUUCUGUUUUUCAAACAA